AUGUCUGCAUACCUCCUGGCUUGGAUGAGAGUUCACACUGUCUACUCGCAGUACCAGAGUAAUAAGACCCAAGAUCCGCUGGGUGCUGUCGUUAACCAGAUCCAUAGCUGGGUCCAAUUGUGCGCCAGGGAACAUCAGAUGGAACACGGUAGAGCGAGUUCAGUGGCCAGGACAUCAGGAAACCCUUCAAAAUUGAGGGUUCCGAUACACCAUGAUGCGUUCAGAGCCUUCUCGAUUAACUCUCGCCGGGCUGCUUCGAAUUUCAACGGCUAUCUGGGCGACGAUUUUGACCCUCUGAUGGCGUGUAGCUAUGUAGCACAGCUCGUGCACAUUGGAAUCACCAAAUGUAUGGCGUACGACCUCACUUCAGAUCGCAGCACCUCGCAGGCGAGGUCUUGUUUGACGUUCAUUCGGGAGUUCGGGAUGGCAGGUUCAAACGGCAGCACGUCGCCUUUGAGUGAUGCCGAGCUCCUCAACAGCGUUAUAUGCUCGGUCCUCUGGGAGGGAGCUAACUCGACGUCUGCCAAUACGUCAGCCCUCCUCGACUCUCUGCUUACGCGGUGCGUAGGCACUGUGUUGGCUGCUAACCGGGACACCUUUUGGGUGGUGUACUGCAAUAACCCGCCGGACGAUAAUUGUCCAUACGGAUAUUGUCCCAAUGGCGAUAUUGCCGCCUACAUCGUCUCGUUCGCUACUGGUACGCCGAUUGGAAUACCCAGGGGAGCUAGGACUCACAGCAAAUCCAUUGCAGCUUGCCUCAUGAACAUGAGCGACGACACAUCCCAUAUAAUUUGGGCUCAACUACUCACACUAUACUCGCUGCUCGUAUUGGGCUUUGUCGCCCUGGCGGGAAAUCAAUUGGGCAGGAUUCACGCUGAGCUUGCGCUCCUCAUCGUCGGCUCGCCUUUGACCUGCUUCUUAUGGGGCCAGUCCUUCUGGACUCUCCUCCGCCCGAGGAGAACACGCUGGACAGCGUCCAAGAUCGCCCGCCACGUCCUUAUCUCCGUGUCAUUCUUCCUCUAUCUAGCUUUCAUCAUCAUUACUCUUAUACCAAAGGCGUCGUCGUUCUUUACUCAAGAAUCGUGUUACCGAGAGGGAUUGGGCGCAUUCGGGCUGCCGUUCUUCCUGUUGAACGAGGUGUCCAUUAUCUUAUUCUCGGUCGAGUUAUCGUCCUUGGUCGUGCUAGUCAUUAUCGAAUGGAUCAAUCGGAGGGACGCAUGGUUGGAUAUGCAGGAUGGUCGGUUCCUCUCGGUAGUCAACGUCAAACGAUUUUUACGGCUCAUGCGGGCCAAGUACAACCAUACUUUUUUCGUGGCAUUCACAGGCGUCCCCUUCAUAGCUUGGGUAUGGAUCACCGAACUUACCGCGAUAUCCAAAGGCGGCAUCCCAUUGGGAAGUCCUGUCGCUUUCGGCCAGUUGUUGACGUUAUUCGCCGCAGUGCCACCUGUCUUGGCAAUCUUCCAAGUCGCCAGUGGCAGGCAAGCAAAGCGACGCUUGAUGCAGCGCAAUGCUGGCAUACCCAGGAAAGGGAGCGCAGAGGAUUUGUUGGAAAAUGCUCGUUUGGGAGAGAAAAGUGACCCUGAAACCCUGCACGCUGACCUAGCGGGCAUGGACGUGAAGACGGGCUUCGUCCAGUGGUGGAAAGAUUUAUUCCAAGCCGCAGCCACCGACUGGAUGUGGCUGGUGUUUGCGGCCUCUAUCGCUGGUUUCGCCGGUGCAUCAGUUGUCCUUGGUCCGCUUGAGCAAAACGCGGUAGAAGGGUAG